AUGUAUCAUGGAGGCACCAACUUUGACAGAACCUCAGGUGGUCCAUAUAUCACAACUUCAUAUGAUUACGAUGCUCCUCUUGAUGAAUUCGGUAAUUUGAACCAACCAAAAUACGGACACUUGAAACAACUUCAUGAUGUUCUUCACUCUAUGGAGAAAACUCUCACCCACGGGAAUAUAUCUACCAUUGACUUUGGAAACCUAGCUACGGCAACGGUUUACAAAACAGAAGAAGGAUCAAGCUGCUUCUUUGGAAACGUAAAUGAAACUUCAGAUGCAAUAAUCAGUUUCCAAGGAUCUUCUUACGUUGUCCCUCCUUGGUCCGUUAGCAUUUUACCGGAUUGCAAAACUGAGACUUACAAUACCGCUAAGGUUACCACUCAAACUUCGGUGAUGGUUAAAAAACCAAAUGAAGCUGAGGAUGAGCCUACAACUCUUAAAUGGUCAUGGAGACCAGAGAACAUGGACAGUUUUCUUUUGAAAGGAAAAGGAGAAUCUACAAUGAGACAAUUGUUUGAUCAGAAAGUAGUAAGCAAUGACCAAAGUGAUUACCUUUGGUACAUGACUACCGUUGAUCUCAAAGAGAAAGAUCCAGUUUGGGGCAAAAACAUGUCUCUUCGUAUCAACAGUACUGCUCAUGUUCUUCACGCUUUUGUCAAUGGACAACAUAUUGGUAAUUAUCGCGCGGAGAAUGGAAAGUUUCAUUACGUUUUUGAGCAAGACGCAAAAUUUAACGUCGGUGCUAAUGUCAUUUCUCUGCUUAGCAUAACCGUAGGCCUUCCGAACUAUGGUGCUUUCUUCGAAAACGUACCGGCCGGAAUCACAGGACCGGUUUUUAUAAUUGGAAGAAAUGGUGAUGAAACCAUUACAAAGGACUUGUCUGGUCAUAAAUGGAGCUAUAAAACCGGUUUAAACGGGUUUGAGAACCAACUCUUCAGUGCACAGUCACCUUCCACAUGGUCAGGUGAAAGCGUACCGUUCAACCGAACCAUGACUUGGUACAAGACUACUUUCAAGGCUCCUUUGGGAAAUGAACCAGUUGCUGUCGAUCUCUUGGGACUUGGAAAAGGUACGGCUUGGAUCAAUGGCAACAACAUUGGACGUUACUGGCCAGCUUUUCUUUCAAGUGAAGAUGGUUGUGCCGCCGAAUGUAAUUAUAGAGGGACUUACUAUGCUGAAAAGUGUCAAACCAAUUGUGGAGAACCUACUCAAAGAUGGUACCAUGUUCCUCGUUCUUUCUUGAACUCGGACGGAGACAACACGCUGGUUUUGUUUGAAGAGAUUGGAGGAAACCCAUCCUUUGUCAAUUUCCAGACUGUUAGAGUAGGAAGUGUCUGCGCAAAUGUCGACGAGAAGAACGUUCUUGAGCUUUCAUGCAAUGGAAAACCCAUUUCCGCCAUCAAAUUCGCCAGCUUUGGUAACCCAGGAGGCAAAUGUGGAUCCUUUGAAAAGGGAACUUGUGAAGCAAGCAAAGAUGCAGCAGAUAUUCUCACUGAUGAAUGUGUUGGAAAAGAAAAGUGUUCCAUUGAUGUUUCCGAGGAUAAGUUUGGAGCACCAGAAUGUGGUGGUGCUACUAGGAGACUCGCCGUCGAAGCUAUUUGCUAG